AUGGAUGAAGACAGGAGUGUACCCAAGCGGCCGUGGGAUACGUGCCGAGAGGUCCCCAUCAUCGACGAUGAACAGACGCCAUGGAAGAUGAUCAAACUCCUGAGGACCGUCGCUCUCGCUGUGGUCGCUGUCAUUGUGUUUGGCUUGGCUCUGUGCAGCAAGACGUCUUUCCUCCUCCUCAUCACCUUAUCCAAUGAAGACACCGUAACGUUGUCAGCUGAUCAUAAACCCGUGGCUCUGCUGUGUAUCGGCUGCGCUCUCAUCACCUCCAGCGUGCUGCUCUUAAGUAAAAGCCUGUGGAAGGCUUGUUACAAAACCUCCAAGAUGUGUGAAAACGUCCUUAAAUGUAUCAUCAAUAUUCUGCUUCUGCUUCUCCUUCAGGUUCUGUUCUUUGAGUUCCUGGUGGCUCUCGGUGCCGCCAUCCUCACCAUCGUGGCGAUGCCCCACUUGGACAUUGUGACCAACGUGACGAUCCUGAACGGCGUGGCCGUCCUCUCGGCGCUCCUACAAGUCAUCACUCAGUGCUCCGCCCAAGAACGGAACCGCUUCCUGCUGCCCUCCAUCACCGCCUUCCUCCUCAUUCUGCUCGGCUACAUCCUGUUCCUCUUCUUGUACAUCAUGAAGGAUCCCACUGAUGUCAAGAUGAUGACCUGGGCCGGUCUGGCUGUCGGCGCCUCCUUCUUGGUCUCCUUCAACUGGUGGGAGAACUAUUUGAGGCUCAUCAGCAAGAGCAGCAGGUCCGUGGUCCUCAAAGAGCUCGUCAAGGACGCAAAGAAGUGCCAAAACAUGCUGAACAUCCUCUCCAGCCUGCUCAGGAUCAUCGUGACCGCCUGUGUGCUCGGAGCCUACGUCCCUCUGGCCAAGAUGGACUGGGACGUCGUGACCUCCAUCCCGAGACGCGAGACAAAAAUUAUCGGCAUCAUCAUCGGGGUCCAGCUGAUUUCCUCUGCGCUCUGCCACUGGUUUUCAUUGGCGGCCUGCAAGAUGCACGCCCUGCGCCGCUGCUUCAUCCUGCCUCUGUACAUGGCUUCUCUGGCCGUCAUGGUGCUGUUCAUCGUCCCCGUUAUCGUUUACUAUCAAGACUACAGAAUCAGUUUCAACGGCACCACCAACUUCUCAAGCUACUGCAGUGUCGUUGUGGAUGUAAGAAACCAAACCCAGACCGGCAGCGUGUUCCCAAAUCUGGUAUAUGAUGUCACACACACUCUGUGCUUCCUGGACAUGUCCAAGAUAACGGACAUUGGCAUUCUGACAGGCUCAGCAGUGUCCUGGUGGCUGGGCCUCGUGUUGGCCACGCUCCACCUCUGGUACCUCAGCCUGUACCGCAUCCAGAGGACCCAGGACCUGUUCAUCAGAAGGCUGUAUGAGGGAGGAUUUUUGGAGCAGUCGCUGCUUCUAAACACCCGAUUUGACGUCCUGACAACUAAGAAGCGGAAGUUACUGGACAAGUACAGGCCGAAGGUGGAUGAAGACACAAACGAUGUGAACUUCGAAGCCCAUAUCUACUUCGACGACGCCUUUAAAAAUGUUCCCGGAAGUCGGGGGCGCCACGUCAACGAAUAUGCGGAAAUGCUGGUGAACAUUCUCAGAGAAGUUUACGGUAUCUUCAUAAACAUGGGGGAAAACCUCUUCACAAAGACGCAGCAAAUCCCCGAUCAGAACAUCGUGACGACGCCGUACGGAGGGCGUCUGUUGAUCACCAUGCCUCAUGGAAACACCAUGACGGUUCACUUCAAGGACAAGACACUCAUCCGGCACAAGAAGAGAUGGUCUCAGGUCAUGUACUUGUACUAUCUCCUGGGCUGGAAACUUGGGACCAAGUAUAUGAAAAGAUGGGGCAAAGGAGAGCGCGAGGAAGAGCUGAAGAAAGAGUACGAGGUAAGACGAGAGAAGGCGCACACAUCAACCGGUGCACAUGUUCAUAAUGUUUAUCUGUUUGACAUUUGGCUCCUUUUCACACACAAACGAUGUCUGCUCCUCCAGAACGAGAAGCACCACACCUACCUCCUGGCGUUAGACGGGGACACAGACUUCCAGCCGGCUGCUGUGAUGCUGCUCGUCGAUCGUUUGAAACUCUACCCGCGUGUCGGAGCAGCGUGUGGCAGGAUUCACCCCACCGGAUCAGGUCCGAUGGUUUGGUACCAGAAGUUUGAAUACGCAGUAGGCCACUGGCUGCAGAAGACAGCAGAGCACGUGUUUGGCUGCGUGCUGUGCAGCCCGGGCUGCUUCAGCCUGUUCAGAGCGUCGGCGCUGAUGGACGACAACGUGAUGAAGAGAUACACCAUCAAGUCCUCGCAGGCUAGCCACCACAUCCAGUUCGACCAAGGUGAGGAUCGGUGGCUGUGCACUCUGCUGCUGAAGCAGGGAUGGAGAGUGGAGUACAACGCCGCCUCUGACGCCUACACCAACGCCCCCGAGGAGUUCAAAGAGUUUUACAACCAGCGUCGGAGAUGGGGACCGUCCACCAUGGCCAACAUCGUGGACUUGCUGGGCUCUGCCACUCUGAUUUCCAAAAGGAACCCGUCCAUGUCCAAGCCUUACAUGUUGUACCAGCUGGUGAACUUGGCUUCGUCCAUACUGUCGCCUUCCACCGUCAUCCUCAUGAUUGCAGGUAGUUUGACGAUGCUGCUCGACAUCCACCCCAACAUUUCUCUGUUCCUGGCCUUAGUUCCUCCGGUGAUCUUCCUUGGCAUCAGCUUCAAGAUCAAGGCAGACACUCAGAUUGUAAUUGCAUCAAUCAUGAGUGUCGUGUACGCCUUCGUCAUGAUGAUAGCAGCAAUUAUCAUCAUAGGCACCAUGAUCAGGGAUCAAACCAUCCUGACGCCCAGCAGCCUCUUCAUCAUCUUCCUUGCCGUUUUUUACCUCAUUACCGCAAUCCUGCACCCUCAGGAGAUUGGCCUGGUGGUCUAUGGCUUGCUUUACAUCAUCUGCAUCCCCAGCGCCUACCUGCUGCUGUCUAUCUACUCCAUGGUCAACAUGAACAACGUGUCCUGGGGGACCAGAGAGACGGCGGCACCUGCAUCCAUGACAGCCGCCACUCCGCAAACCACAUCCCAAAAAGCCAAAAGUGCCUUCACACGGUUCUUCUCGAGGGCCAAAUGCUGCAGGAAACUCUGCUGGAGAGACGGAUCAGAGGAGCUCAUCCCACAGGAGGUCCAGACCACGGAGGCAGCAGAGUCUGAACCUGGACCCCAAAACACUAUUGUGGAGGAUCAGAUGGAGCCUCAGCAGCAGAGACAAGAUGAGCAAGCUUUCCUCUGCCCCAAUCAAAGUUGGGUGGAGCAACUUCAGAGUUUGUCUGACGACAUGCACCUGCAGGAGGAUUCACUGGACGAGGAGGAGCAGAUCUUCUUCAGAGAGCUGACCGCCAAAUACCUGGAGCCUCUUCCUGUGGACAAGAAGAAACAGCAAGAAAUGACUGAAGAACUGAAGAGCUUGAGAAACAAGAUUACCUUCGUCUUCUUCAUCUGCAACGCCUUCUGGCUCAUCGCCACCUUCACCCUGCAGCUCUUGGACAACGACGUCUUCAUCAGGGCGCCAAAGCUCGACCUCAACCUGGAGUUCACCGGAGAGUACCUCUACAUCGACCCAGUGGGCUUCAUGUUCAUCCUGUCCUUCGCUUUGCUGGUUAUCAUCCAGUUCGUGGCCAUGCUGUACCACAGAGUUUACACCCUGAUCCAUUAUGUGGCCUUCUUGGAUACAGAGGCCGUGUCUGAAAAAGAAAAAGAACAACAGCUGCUCAAACAGUCCCCGCAGGUCAAUAAUGAUGAAGGAAACAACCGCAAUGAAAACAAUGACAGCGGGGACAGCGAUGACAGCGGGGACAGCGACGACGAGGAUGACGUCAUAUUCGAGAGCGGCCUCCGUCAAAGCAGCGGUGGAGGAACUAUGGUGUAAACAACUAUGAACACAAACAAAACCUGUUUUAGCACUUUGAAGCAAUCACGUACUGUAUGAAGGACUAAAAGCCAUUUAACUCAAUGUUAUUUAAAUUAUUUUAGUGAAGUUUAUUAUAUUUAUAAACCCUUUUAAGGACGCAGUUUGUGCAUUGGUUUGAGUCAUAGAUUUACACAUAAUCUACCAAAAUGUAUUGAAAUUUUAAAUAUAAUUUAAUUGUGUGUCUGCACUGUCAGAGCAUAUUGGCUUCUCACUUUUAAAGGCCAGUUU